AUGCAGGAUGAAGAUGGGUAUAUCACCUUAAACACCAAGUCCCGAAAGCCAGCUCCCAGCUCAGGGUGGCCUGACGGUCUCCUCCUUCAUGUCUUUAUUGUGCUCCCUCCCACAGCUGAUUCUGCCUCUUCCUGGUGGCGUGUGGUGGCUUUAAUUCUGUUGAUCUCAUCCAUGGGGCUGGUUGUUGGGCUCGUGGCUCUGGGGAUCAUGUCAGUCACAGAGCAAAAGUACCUCCUAGCCGAGAAGGAAAAUCUCUCAGCCGCUAUGCAACAACUGGUCAAGAAAAUAUGCCAAGAGUUGAUUAAACAAGGCGAGCUCCAGACAAAGAGCACUUUUGAGCACAAGUGCAGCCCCUGUGCCACAAAGUGGCGAUACCAUGGAGAUAGUUGCUACGGGUUCUUCAGGCAUAACCUAACGUGGGAAGAGAGCAAGCAGUACUGCGCUGAGCAGAACGCAACUCUUGUGAAGACCGCCAGCCAGAGCACUGUGGAAUACAUCAAAGACAGAGUUGCGUCCGACCGUUGGAUUGGAUUAUCACGCCAGAACUCUAGGAAUAACUGGAUGUGGGAAGAUAGCUCAAUUCUUAACAAGAAUAUGGUUGAUAUUUCUGGAAAUACGAAAGAAAAUAUGAAUUGUGCUUAUCUUCAUAAUGGAAAAAUCAACCCGGCUUCCUGUAAGGACAGGCAUUAUUUUAUAUGCGAGAGAAAGGCUGGCAUGACAAGAGCGGACCAACUGUUUUAAGGCAGAAGGAUGCACAGGCUCUCAGAUAA